CACGAGCAAAGGAGGACCCAAAGUUCCGCCUACUUCAAUCUGAUUGGUUAACUGUAGCUUCUUCGUAAGCUGAUUGGUCCGUCAGACUUCCAGACAAUGACGUAUACGGAAAUACACUGGAGGAAAAGGGGUCACCGGUGAGAAACCAUUUAGCUGCACAAUGGCAGCUUCAAGGAAAGUGGCAACUUUCCGCAUGCCUCCACUGCCCACGGUGGGAGAGCUGAUAAAGCUGUACAAUCUGAGAGCUGAGAAGCAUCUGUCUCAGAAUUUCCUCCUGGACUUGAGGCUCACAGACAAGAUUGUGCGUCAGGCAGGAAGUUUGAAGGAUGCCCAUGUGUGUGAAGUGGGUCCUGGUCCUGGGGGCCUCACCCGCUCCAUCCUUAACGCCGGAGCGGCAGAUCUGCUUGUUGUGGAGAAGGAUUCACGCUUCAUCCCAGGACUGAAAAUAUUGUCUGAGGCAGCACCAGGCAAGCUGAGGAUCGUCCACGGUGACAUACUCUCCUACAGAAUGGAUCGGGGAUUCCCAGAAAGUAUCUCCAAGCCGUGGGAAGACGAGGCGCCAAACCUUCACAUCAUUGGAAAUCUCCCGUUCAAUGUUUCAACUCCUCUUAUCAUCAAGUGGCUGGAAAGCAUAGCCAACAGAACCGGGCCCUUCUCCUUCGGACGCACCCGACUCACACUCACGUUUCAGAAAGAGGUGGCUGAGCGGCUGACAGCCAGCACGCGCAGCAAGCAGAGGUGUCGUCUGUCCAUCAUGGCUCAGUAUCUCUGCACCGUCCACAACUGCUUCACCAUCCCCGGACGUGCCUUCGUCCCCAAACCAAAGGUGGACGUGGGCGUCGUUCACUUCACCCCUCUGGUUCAGCCCCAGAUUCAACAGCCCUUCAAGCUCGUGGAGAAAGUCGUCAGGAACGUUUUCCAAUUCCGUAGGAAGCACUGCCAUAAAGGAGUAGAAAAGUUGUUCCCCGAGGCUUGUCGAUUGGAGUUGACCCAGGAGAUAAUGCAAAAGGCGGAUGUGGACCCCGUUACCCGCCCCGCAGAGCUCACCAUACCCCAGAUCAGGGCUUUGGCAGAUGCCUACGCUCAACUCUGCAGCCGUGAGCCAGGUCUCCUUAGCUACGAGCACAGAGAGGAGCUCCGGCUGAAGCACCUCGCCAGGAAUAAAAGCCCUGCGUUGGGUACACUUACGGACACGCCAAGCAUCAUAACUCAGAGUGCACCCCGACCGAGCUGAGGGAGGGACAUACGGGUCUGUAACCAGGAGAAGUCCGCUAAUAGCCUCCGUCAGCACGGAGAGACAACAGACUGCUCUUAGCCCUAGCAUUUCCACCUGGUAUAUGCAUGCAUUUUUUAACAUUCUUCUUGCACCCAAAGAGCAAAAGAUAAUUUGGAGCACAUGAAUGGUGUAAGUGCACCAUUUCCUAGGAUGUGACAGCUCGUGGCACACUUGUGUAUUUUUGGGAGGAGAAUGAAAGCUAGGUAGUAGCUCCCUGCAAGUAUCCUGUGAUGCCCCAGUUUUUUUUCUCCAUUUCCAUCUAACACCUCGUCCUUCUGGGACCUGAAAUAAAUGUCAGUGUUGAGAAGAUGAUUUAAAGAAUGAGAACACGGCAGCGCCACAUCCAGGACUUUGAGUAUUGCUUGGUCACUUGGGAGACUGAGCUAAAAAGGAAAGAAAUUGUUGUGAAUUUGUCAUCUAAAAAAAGGCCCAUGUUGUACUAAAGUGUCACUUUCUUUUAUUUGCUUUGAAAAUAUGUCAGAUUUCAAUUUCUAAAUAAAUGUCAAG